UACAGUAGUGCUCAAUACAAUACAAAUAUGUUCGCCAAGAUCGUUGCUUUAUCUGCCCUUGUAGCCUGCAGUCAAGCAGGAUUUAUCGGUGGAGGACAUGGAGGUUUGGGUUACGGAAUAGCUGCUGCUCCCUUAGCAGUAGCACAUGCCGCUCCCGUGGCCGUAGCACAUGCAGCCCCUGUAGCGAUCGCCGCCCCCGUACACCAAACUGUGGAUUACUAUGCAUACCCCAAAUACGAGUUCAACUACGGAGUUGCUGACGGCCACACUGGAGAUCAUAAAUCCCAACACGAAGUGCGUGACGGAGACGUUGUCAAAGGUUCCUACUCAGUAGCAGAACCUGACGGUACUCUUCGUACCGUCCACUACACCGCCGAUGACCACAACGGUUUCAACGCAGUUGUGUCUAGAUCUGGACAUGCCGUCCACCCACAAGUCAUCACCAAGUCUGUCGCAGUCGCUCCCGUCGCAGUCAGUCUUGGUCAUGGAGGUUUAGGUCUGGGUGGUCAUGGUGGCUACNUUCAAUAG